AUGGCAUCAACAACAUAUGGUGACGAAUUCGAGGUCGUUAUCUUGAAGUCUUCCAAUGGGGACGAAUUCAAGCUCAAAAAAUCCAUUGCCGUGAAGUACUCCGUAACAAUAAGACACAUGGUGGCACUUGAUGUUACUACUAGCAUCAUCCCAAUUCCCCAUGUUGACACACAGAAUCUAUUCAAGAUCGUUGAAUACCUCGAGAUGCAUGGAACAACAGAGGUCUCAGGUUCAAACGAUGAUGAAGAAAUCAAGAGCUACGACGAGAAGUUGGCGACCGCCGCCAGCUUCAAAUCCCUGUUGGACUUUGUAUGGGCUGCAAAGUACCUUGGGAUUAAAGGUUUGAAGGAGCUUUGUACAGAAGAAUUUAAUCAGAGGAGAAAGGGCAAAUCACGUACGGAGAUACGCAACACAUACCAUGAUAUAACGCGCGAUUUCACUAAGGAGAAAGAGCAAGUAUUUCACAAAGAAUUUAAAUGGGCCUUGGGAGAAGAACGUAUAGAUUUUGUCUCAAUUCUUACUAUUAUUACAAUGAUUCUGAUGAUGGCUUCUGUUGCUUUUGGUGUUGUUCCAUUACGUAAGGUUUAG